AUGGCACCUUCUGCUGUCACACCUACUGAAGAGUACCAAUUCCCGUUGAAAGACUUAGCGUCAUUCAGCACCUAUCCAUCUGGUAGUGUCGACAGUCAUGGCGCCUGGAAAUCCAAGCAGUUGAUUGGGGAGGCUCUCAAGAGCCGUGUUGAGGCUAUUGAUCCUGAUACCUGCAGUGUUGGCGAGGAAGAUGCCUUCUUCGUCGCCGAUCUGGGCGAGGUCUACCGCCAGCAUAUGCGCUGGAAGAAGAAUCUAAGCCGUGUGAAGCCGCACUAUGCCGUCAAGUGCAACCCUGACCCCCAAGUCCUUCGUCUCAUGACGGAGUUGGGUCUUGGCUUCGACUGUGCUUCGAAGAACGAGAUUGAGACCGUUCUCAAGCUGGGCGUUGACCCUUCUCGCAUCAUCUAUGCGCAGCCCUGCAAGACUAAGUCUUAUUUACGUUACGCUGCUCAGUCUGGCGUCAAGCAAAUGACCUUUGACAACGCCGAUGAGCUCUACAAGACCAAGCAGCUCUUCCCAGACGCCGAGCUUUAUCUACGCAUCUUGACUGAUGACUCAGCUAGCCUGUGCCGUCUCAGUCAGAAGUUUGGUGCUGCUCUGGACACCACUGGUGAGCUUCUGGAGCUGGCCAAGAAGUUGGAGCUCAACGUUGUUGGAGUGGCCUUCCACGUCGGAUCCGGUGCAUCCGACCCCAAGGCCUUUGUCAAGGCUGUCCAGGAUGCCCGGUUUGUCUUUGAACAGGCGGAUGCGCUUGGCUUCAACAUGCAUACCCUGGACGUCGGCGGCGGUUUCACGGGCGAUGUCACUUUCGAGCCUAUGGCCGCAGUCUUGUCCACAGCUUUGGACCAGUACUUUCCGCCCCACAUCCGCAUCAUUGGAGAGCCGGGACGCUACUACGUCUCCACUGCCUUUACCAUUGCAUGCCACGUCAUUGCUCGUCGCACCGUCACCGAUGCCACCCUGGGCACUACUUCGUACAUGUUAUACCUGAACGAUGGUGUCUACGGAAACUUCUCGAGCAUCAUCUUCGACCACCAGCACCCCGUGCCGCGUGUCUUGAAGAACGGAAACAACGUCUUGUACGACGUCCGCCGCUCAGGCUAUGACAGUCCUUCUCAGGUUGAGUACUCCAUCUGGGGCCCAACCUGCGAUGGCAUUGAUGUCAUUUCCUCUACUUGCAACUUCCCGGAGCUGCUUGAUGUUGGUGACUGGCUCUACUUUGAGGAGAUGGGCGCGUACACUAAGUGCUCUGCUACCCGCUUCAACGGCUUCAGUGACAGCCACGAAGUCGUUUACGUGUGUAGCGAGCCUGGCGCUGCUGCUCUCAUGGGCAUGUAA